AUGUCUAGUAAAUGCAUGGACGAGAGUUUAGAAGAAGGUUCCAGGCUGCAACAGCACUACUUCAACACAGAGAGCCGCGGCGUGGGGAUCAAGCAGAGUCAGCUCUCUGUGAGCUCCCACAUUGUGCAAGAGGAUGAAUUGUUGAAAGCUGUGAGAAGCAACGAACCAUUGCGUCUAACGUUCACUCUCCACUUGACUGAGAGUACAUCCGUCGAGUGGGAGACCGUAGCAUGGCGCCGCUGUCUAUACAUUCGCGUACCAAGCUGCCUUCUGCCCGAAGGAUCAAAAGAGGGCUUUGUCUCGCUCCUAGAAUACGCCGAGGAAACACUGCGCUGCACCAAUAUCAUUGUCUGCCUUCGCAAAGAUAGAUCAGACCGAGCAAUGCUGGUUCGUACCUUCAUGUUCUUGGGUUUCACGGUGCUGCCGCCAACUCAUGCCUUGGUACCGCCAGGCAGUGAUGCUGGCAAUCUCUACAUGCUCUAUGCCAUCGAGUAAUCGGCAAGCAGUUCUGUCUCUCUCAAAUUUAACGCGCAGGUGUCGCCAUAGUCAAGUUUAAAAAAUUUCCAAAGGGAGGAACAAUUAGAAAAUUCUAUAGAAAAACUGAUAUUUUUCUUUUAUAAAUUUUGUUAUAUAUGUAUAAUUUACGUUCUUAUUAACCGUGAAAAUUGGAAGAUUGGUUUCAAAAGAAUUGCCAAAAUGAUUACACCUUGGCGUUAAAUUGAAGAGGCUUGAUGAAAAAAACAGAAAAAAAUUAUAGUCGCGAAUACGUAGAACGCGUAUAUAAAAGGCUUUCAAUGGGUAUAUCGAUUCAUUCUCUUGAACACAAUGUUAAUAACUCUUAUAAGAGCAUAUAAGCUGCUGACAAAGCUUCCCACGUGAAAGAAUUUGACGGAAUCUGUAGUCGCACAUUAACAACUGAACACAGCGACAAACUGUCAAAUUUUAGAGAAAAUUUAUUAUCGAUAUAUCUCAAUGUUAAUUGUGGCAGAUUGGGUAUCACCGCGUUAUUCUCCGUAAUAUAUACAUAUAAGUACAUUUUUUGCUUAUUAAUUUUAAGUAUUAUUAUGUAAUCUAGACUUUAAUACCUAUUGUGCGAGUACCAGUGAAAUUUAAUAAGUUUCGAUUAUUUCCGUUCAUUUAGCUAGAAGUUCAUUAAUCAUAAAACAUGAUUAAUUGAUAUUUUUUAUGACUGAUGUAAUUAUCUUUCUUUAUAGUUUUGUGAAGAACUCAAUGCUCUUAUUUAUGAAGUAAAACAAAAUUGCGCAAGUAUCGAGUAAAAAA